AUGCUCCCCCACGAAAAGACCAUUCGUUCCGCUUUUCCGUCCCUGGAAGUAGACCAAAUCUUUCUCGACAAUGCCGCCGGGAGUCAAGUCCUGGGUGACGUCGUAUCCUCCAUCUCGGAUUACCUACUCACCACCAACGUCCAACUAGACGCUUCCUACAGGACUAGUCAAAAGGCUACUGCAACAUUUGAUGCCGCGCAUGAUGCUUGUGCCAAGCAUAUCAAUGCCCACACCGAUGAGAUCGUGCUGGGUCCAUCGACUACCCAGCUCCUUCGGAACCUUGCUUCGUCUCUUGAUCUGCAGUCUGGCGAUGAGAUUAUUGUUUCUGCCGUGGACCAUGAGGCCAAUAUUGCGCCUUGGGUAGACCUUGCAGAGAGGCGGGGUCUACGUCUCAAGUGGUGGAAGCCAUGCCAGUCGCAGAACCCGAAACUCCUGGUCAGUGACUUGAGAGAGCUUCUUACUCCAGCGACAAAGCUGGUGACAUGCACGCACGCCAGCAAUAUCUUGGGAACCAUUACCGACAUCAAGUCCAUUGCCGUGGCCGCCCACGAAGUUGGUGCUCUCGUCUGUGUCGAUGGUGUGGGCUAUGCAGGCCACAGGCCGAUCAACGUAAAGCAUCUCGGGGUCGACUUUUACUGCCUCUCGUGGUACAAAGUGUACGGACCACACAUAUCUAUGCUGUAUGCUAGUCGUGCAGGACAGCAUCGCAUUCGUCCUAUGGGACACUUUUUCAACUCUCACGUCAGCUUGACUGAGAAGUUGGGGCUUGCAGGUGCAAGCUACGAGCUGGUGCAAGCCCUCCCUCAUAUUGUGGAGUAUCUUGCGCCAUCUUGGGAAAAGAUUAUUUCUCAAGAGGCGGCGCUGCAGACUAUGCUUAUUGAGUACCUAAACUCCCGCCCAGAUAUUACCAUCUUUGGCGAACCUGAUGCAGACGUGGCAGUGAGACUGUCUACGGUUAGCUUUACGGUUAGAGGCUGGAGUUGCCAUGCGCUGGUCGAAGAGAUUGAAAGUCGGUCAAAGUACGGUGUACGGGCAGGCUGUAAUUAUGCAGAGCGCCUCGUUAGGGAGAUUCUAGGUCUUGGACUCGAUGGUAUUGUGCGAGUAGGCCUGUUGCAUUAUAAUACUUUGGACGAGAUCCGAGGUUUCAUCAAGAUCCUUGACGAGGUCUUGUCCGAUGGCCCGCGCGCUAAGCUUUAA